AACGUUUUCUCCAGAAUGUUGUGGAAUAGUGAAACCAGCCUACUCAGUCUGAAACAAACAACUUGGCUGACUAGUUGGAGAACCCGAAUAAUCACUUUUGGACUUAUACUUAUCUGAAGUGCGAUUUAAGGUAAAGUACCUGCAAUGUCUGGUCAUGGUCACGGUGGACACAGCCACGGCUGCUGUGAAGAUGAGCACGAGCCAGCGGAACGGGGCCUGGAGUAUGCACUGUACCAGCGCAUUGACGUCGAGAAACUGCAAUGCCUUAACGAAACUAGAGAAGGCGACGGGAAACUUGUUUUUAAACCAUGGGAUCAACGGACAGACCGGGAGAAGUUUGUGGAGAGUGAUGCUGAUGAAGAGCUCCUGUUCAAUAUCCCGUUCACAGGAAGUGUCAAGCUAAAAGGAAUCAUAAUUUCGGGUGAAGAUGAUGAAUCGCAUCCUGCUGAAAUGAGACUGUACAAGAACAUACCCCAAAUGUCUUUUGAUGACACCGGCAGAGAGCCUGACCAAGCAUUCCGUCUCAAUAGAGAUCCCCUGGCUCAGCUAGAAUACCCAACAAAGAUUGCCCGUUUCUCCAAUGUUAAUCACUUGUCAAUUCACAUAUCACGGAAUUUUGGGACAGAAUCCACAAAGAUCUACUACAUUGGGCUGAGAGGGGAGUUCUUCCAAGCUCACAGACAUGAAGUGACCAUCUGCAACUACGAGGCAACUGCUAACCCUGCAGACCAUAAAGUCGAGAGCCUCAUCCCACAAACAAAUUUCAUUUCUUAAGAAGAAUAAGGGGUUCGGAGACUGUUGGAUCAGCCUGAAGUGUAACGGUGCAUACUUAGGCCUGUGUCUUUUGAGGUCUGAUUAUGACUGAUGCUGAAUAUCCAUGUAAAGUCUGGAUUUGCUAAGUUGUUACACUUAUUUUUUUGACAAUAAAGAGUGGAGGCAUAGAGUUUU